GCAAAAAGCAGAGAUGAGAUCCUGAGACCACUCAAGAUCUUCAGAUUUGAUCAUGGAAAAAUCUAAAAAUCCAUCACCCUCUUCACCUUCAACUGCUCCAACACCACAAGUACAGAGGCCGUGCAAACUUCCAGACAACUGCAGGAAGGAUGCAGUAAAGGUCCACAUUUACUGUACAGCUGAGACCUUCGGGGCGGACAAAGAUGUGCUGUACCAAGUAAACUUGUCUCAACAGCUACUGGUGGAGAGCACAGACCUACAGGAAUGCAACACUGUCAUUGUUUUCUGCCCAAUCAACUCUCAUGUUAGGUCAGAUGUGAAGGCAGCCAUGUCUAAAGCACCAGGUAAUAAAGACAUCAUCCUGGUUGUGAUGCACCAUACCCGAAAGACAAACUACUCAACAAGUGGGACAGGAUGGUCUCAAAUAUUUCCAAAUGUAAUCCUGCAUGUUGAUGUUCUCUUUCAUGAGACUGAGAGAGGAUUACUGAGCUGUCCAAAGAAUGAACAGGCAAUCUGUCAGAUACAACAACAACUACAGAAACACAAUGAUAUUAGCGAACCAACCAACACUGUGGGAGAACAGAGUCAUUUGGCCCUGCCCCAAAGUCAGACUUCAUUAGGGCCAAAGAUGCAGGGAUCUAACAUUGCAGAUCGUCACUGUCUGAUUUUGUAGUAAGAUCGCUCGGACACUGACAAUGACAGAAACUGUGUUUAAUUGAGAAUAAUUUCAGCUGAGAUUUAAACUUUGCAUGAAAAAGGAUAAACCUAAAUAGUCUAAAUGAACAACAUAAUGCUUAUUACAAUGUUGAAUCUUUACAACAUGAGAUUUAAUGUCACAACCAAACAAAUGAAAAUGCUGAUACUAUAAGUGUUCAUAUCAAAAAGAAUGACUGAAUAACCUCUCGUGAUAAUAUGAGUCCUCAGUUUCCUUUGUUGUAACACUUUAUUUUAGCAGACCUAUUUUGCACUUUUAUGCUGUGUAUAGAAAAAGAUUGCAUGGUUUACGGCAGAAAGUAGCAUAGUU